AUGCCGACAACCACCAACCACGCAAGCCACCAACAAAUCAACAACAGCGAUCAUAUCAAACGACCCAUGAAUGCCUUUAUGGUUUGGUCCAGAGGACAGCGUCGGAAGAUGGCUCAGGAUAACCCAAAGAUGCACAACUCCGAGAUAUCGAAGCGAUUGGGGGCAGAAUGGAAAUUGUUAACGGAAUCAGAGAAACGUCCAUUUAUCGACGAAGCGAAACGUUUAAGAGCAUUGCACAUGAAAGAGCACCCAGACUACAAAUACCGGCCCCGAAGGAAACCCAAAACCCUUAAUAAAUCACCCGUGCCAGUUGGCCACAACAACAUAAAUGCGACUAACAACAGUGGCCCGAACAAUGGCGAAUCGCAUGGUAAUGGGUCAAACGGUCUGCUCCACAACCAUCAGCGAACAGGACAUCAGGCUACAUUGCCGUCAACUUCGAACAUCGCUGCCCAGAAGUACUCCUUCGGAUCACCUUUGGAACUAACAUUAAACAUGCCUCCACGAAUUUCAAAUGCUUUCCCCGCCGCCCUUUCACACUACCCACUGGACCCAACUAUUGCUCUCGAUUUACAGGCCCGUCUUCAAGCGAUGUACGCUGGCAGCUUGUACCACCCAUGGCGUUAUUUCGGAUGUACUCCACUUAUCAGCCCUGAAACGCCACCCUCUCCGCCCAGCAGCAACAGCACUGGCGUAUCGUCGUUCGGCUGCAUCAAAUCUGCCAAAUCUUCACCGACACUAGCAAUGGCCACGGCACAGACGUCUAGUAAUAUUAUUUGACCAACUCCGUUGCGUUUUGGUGCCGCUGAACCUGCCGUCUAA